CUGACUUUAAUUUUUCACCGGACAUUGUGACCGACCAAAACAAAAGUUUCGUCGGUCAAAAUUGAAAUAUACCGGACAUGUCCGACUGUCCGACGGACAUUCGCAUUGUCUGAAACCCCUGUGGGUUAAAUAAGCACAUGCCAUGGGGGAUAUGGUACAGGAAUAUUUGAAGAUUGCUGUGGAGGUAGCGAAAAAAGCUGGAAAGAGGGUGAAAACAGAUUUCUACAAGAAUAAAAACAUAGAUGUGAAGGAGAACUUUGCUGAUCUGGUCACAGAGACUGACCAUGCAGUAGAGGAACUGAUCUUUAAUAGGAUACUGGAGAAGUUCCCAGAUCAUAAGUUGAUCGGAGAAGAGACGGUGUCUGCUGGUGGACAUUGUGAGCUGACAGAUGAUCCAACAUGGAUUGUAGAUCCUAUAGAUGGAACCACCAACUUUGUACAUGGAGUUCCACACACAUGCAUUUCCAUUGGCAUGGCAAUAAAUAAGCAGCCAGUAUUGGGUGUAGUGAAUGCCCCUAUCCUUGGAGAGAUGUACACGGCCGUAAAGGGUCAGGGCGCCUUCUGUAACGGCACAAAAAUAUCUGUGUCCACUAUCAGUGAGCUGAAUCGCAGUGUGGUCAUACUUGAAGGGGGAACAUCUAGAGUGCCCGAGAUUCUGAAAACUAAAGUUGGCAACAUCAAGGCUGUUAUAGAAAACUGCCAUGGGAUCCGGUGUUAUGGGUCGGCAGCCAUCAACAUGUGUUACGUGGCCAGGGGUUCGCACGAGGCUUACAUGGAGCACGGGAUACACGUUUGGGACAUCGCGGCUGGUGUGGUGAUCUUGGAGGAGGCUGGUGGUGUAGUCCUUGAUCCUUCAGGGGGAGAACUGGACCUGAUGAACCGACGUGUGUUGGCUGGAUGUAGCAGAACAGUGGCCGAACAGCUCUCCGCUAUCACACAAAAUAUAGACAUGGAGAGGGACUAGGACAUCCUACUGAAAAUAUUGCAAUGUGUCCAGCAUUUCAUGAUUUGAUUGAAUUGACAUGAUGUUGAGCCAUCUUCUUUUGAUCAUUAAUAAUAUUCCUAAUCGUAAAAUCAAUGAUGUGAAAAGCUUUGGACUUGGAUUCAAUAUAUAAUUUUGUUAAACAUACUUGCAGGUGGACAUAAUUCCAGUUUAUCAUCACGUAAAAUUGUGUUCAUUUCAUUAAAUCAAAUUCAUUCUGUCAAAGGUACAGAAUUUUGUCUCUAGUGAUUUCAAUACUUUUACAAAGUAAUCAAAGUGUGAAAAGCCGCAAAAAGUAAUACCCUAAUAUCCUCAUUGCAUUUGUUUUGUGUUGUAUUGUAUAAAUGUUUAUAUAUUUAGAUAAAGAUUUUGAGGAAUUGAUAGAAACCUGUUUAAUGACUUCAAUGAUUUAAUAAAUUGUUUCAAUGAAGGUGUCACUUCAAUCCACGAACGUCUUUGGUAUUUAUUUACUAUUGACUUGUACAUAUUAUUGUUACAUGUUUAUGGAUGAAAAACUACAUGUUUAAAUCCAAAUAAAAUACAUUCUGAUUCUGAUUCUUAAAUUCGAGACUACAAAAAGACCAAUACGAUCUAAUCAAUUAAUACCAGGCUGGCUUUCGAAAGGGUUGUUCUGCUGUUGAUAACAUGUUUGUGUUAAAUUGUAUAAUUGAAUUGUUGCAAAAGCAUAAAAAAAUAUUCUGUUCUUUUAUAG